AUGUCCGCCUCCUCUAGAAGGAAAAGCAAGGGGCGGCCGGUCCCGGGCGGCGGUGGCGGCUGUUCCCCGCGGGCUGCCGGCGCCGCCGAGGGCGGGCCGCUGGCGCUGCGUGUCGCCGACGCCGUGGAGGCAGGAGAUGACAAAGUUCCAAAAAUGUUGCGAAGAGCCCUUGCCCAGCUGUCGCUGAGCAGCAUGAAGUCUGCAAACGUAUGCAUAGGUCGUCCGGUCUUGCUUACAUCUGCUGGUGGGCGACAGGAGGUCUGUACUGCUUGGCCCACCACAGGCUUUCCAGGUGGGAAAGUUGGGCUGAGUGAAACCACACAGAAGAAUCUGAAAGUAAAUCCAGGUGAUGCCAUCACUGUGCAGCCUGUGACUGGUGCAGUCAUCCAGGCAGAGGAAGUCGACAUAAAGUUGAGGGACAAAGAUGCCACUGUUAAUGCUGAAGAGAUGUCUGUCUGUCUACUGAGAAACCUAGAUGGGAAAAUAGUUUUACCAGGAAACCUCUUGGCUUUCACUUUCUAUGGCAAACUUUGUAACUUUGUGGUGAUGAAAGUGAAAGGAACUGAUGAUGCAGAGCUGACUGCCCAGGGCAGUGCCAUUUCCAGCGAUAUGCAUGAGCCAGACCUUGAAAGAUCUGAUUUGGAGUCAAGUACGUUAGAUUUGUCCUUACAGCUCUGCAAGAUGGACAUUGACGAUAGUCCAGAGGUUGCAUCUACCAGCACACCAAGCAAACCAGUGGGUCCAGGUUCACCAGUUACACCCAGUUCUGCUGUGGCAGCCAGCGGUCAAGACUCCGGUCAGGGAGAUAAAAUCCACAGCAAGGGAGAUGUUGCAGACCACACCGAUGAUUUGGAGUUGACUGGGAAAGGAAGCAGUGAGGGACUCCCACUAACUGGCAAUACUGGAGCAAUAAGCAAUACAGAUGAUUUUUAUUUCAUUUCUUCAAGAACUAGAAUCAAUUUUAUUGAAACGAGGACCGAUGUCACGGAAGAUGGUGAUUGUGAAUCCCGAGUCACCUAUGAUAUGAUAGGAGGUUUAAGCAGCCAACUCAGAACUAUUAGAGAAACAGUUGAACUGCCCUUGAAGCAAGCUGAACUGUUCAAGAGUUACGGAAUCCCUCCUCCUAGAGGAGUGCUAUUAUAUGGCCCUCCAGGUACCGGGAAGACUAUGAUUGCCAAAGCCAUUGCAAAUGAGGUUGGCGCUCACGUUACCGUUAUUAAUGGUCCUGAAAUAAUAAGCAAGUUUUAUGGGGAGUCUGAAUCAAGAUUGCGUAAGAUAUUUGCUGAAGCUUCUCAGCGUCACCCCUCCAUUAUAUUUAUAGAUGAGUUGGAUGCACUCUGUCCAAAGAGAGAAGGGGCUCAGAAUGAAGUCGAAAAGAGAGUUGUUGCUUCAUUGCUGACAUUAAUGGAUGGCAUUGGCUCAGAGGGCAGUGAAGGGCAGCUCUUGGUACUUGGGGCCACUAAUCGUCCUCAUGCACUGGAUGCAGCGCUGCGCAGACCUGGGCGUUUUGAUAAAGAGAUAGAAAUUGGAAUUCCUAAUGCCCAAGACCGUCUGGAUAUACUACAAAAGCUUCUCAAGAAAGUUCCCCAUUCGCUUACAGCAGCAGAGUUGGUGCAACUGGCUGAUAGUGCGCAUGGUUAUGUGGGUGCAGAUUUAGCAGCCUUGUGCAAGGAAGCAGGUUUGUACGCAUUGCGGAGAGCACUGGGGGAAAGACCUAACCUAUUAGACAACGAGGUGGCUGGGUCAGUGAUGAUUGCUUUCAAUGACUUCCUGCAGGGGAUGAAUGAUGUCAGGCCCAGUGCCAUGAGGGAGGUGGCAGUUGAUGUGCCAAAAGUAUCUUGGUCAGACAUAGGAGGACUGGAAGAUGUCAAGCUGAAAUUGAAGCAGGCAGUUGAAUGGCCCCUCAAGCAUCCUGACUCCUUCACCCGAAUGGGGAUUCAGCCUCCAAAAGGUGUGCUGCUUUACGGGCCUCCUGGGUGCUCAAAAACAAUGAUAGCAAAAGCUUUGGCUCAUGAAAGUGGUCUCAACUUCUUGGCAGUGAAGGGACCUGAGCUGAUGAAUAAAUAUGUUGGUGAGUCUGAACGAGCAGUGAGAGAGAUCUUUAGGAAAGCCAGAGCGGUGUCUCCUUCAAUUCUUUUCUUUGAUGAAAUAGAUGCCUUGGCAGUUGAAAGGGGAAACUCUUCAGGUGCUGGAAAUGUAGCAGACCGUGUCUUGGCUCAGUUGUUAACGGAAAUGGAUGGGAUAGAACAGCUGAAGGACGUGACAAUUUUGGCAGCUACAAACAGACCGGACAUGAUAGACAAGGCCUUGCUGAGACCAGGACGAAUAGACAGAAUUAUCUACGUGCCAUUGCCAGAUGCAGCCACUCGCGAGGAGAUCUUCAAACUUCAUUUUCAGUCCAUGCCAGUCAGUGAUGAAGUCUGUUUAACGGAGCUCGUUCAGCACACACAGAAGUACUCAGGAGCAGAGAUAACAGCAGUCUGUAGAGAAGCAGCCCUUCUAGCUCUUCAGGAAGACAUACAUGCCAAAUCCAUCAUGGGACGGCACUUUCGGAUUUCAGAUGCAUGCCAGGUUCCCGCUGAAUGCCAGAAGUAGAGAUCACUACAGAUGGAGCCCCAAGGUCAACAUGGCAGCGGUGGUUCGCUAGUGGUGAUUCAGCAGCCCUCCCUGGACAGCCGGCAGCGGUUGGACUAUGAAAGAGAGAGCCAGCCAACGACUAUCCUGUCGCUGGACCAGAUCAAGGCGAUCAGGGGCAGCAACGAAUACACCGAAGGUCCAUCUGUGGUGAAGAAAUCCGGGCCGCGGACAGCGCCGAGGCAAGAGAAGCAUGAAAGGACUCACGAAAUCAUACCAAUUAAUGUGAAUAAUAAUUACGAACACAGGCCCAGCCACGUGGGGCACGUGGCGCAUCAGCAUAACGCGAGGGCUCCCGUCUUGAGCAGAUCGACCAGCACGGGGAGCGCGGCGAGCUCUGGGAGCAACAGCAGUGCUUCCUCGGAGCAGGGGCUGCUGGGGCGGUCGCCUCCAUCCAGGCCGGGCUCGGGCCACAACAGGGCCGAUCGGACAAUCCGGACGCAGCCCAAGCAGUCGUCUCUGACGGUAGAUGAUCUGAAGAGUCCUUUGAAAGAGGACUUGGCGCAGCACAAGUUUAUCUGCGAACAGUGUGGGAAGUGCAAGUGCGGCGAGUGCACGGCCCCGAGGGCCCUCCCUUCUUGCUUGGCCUGCAACCGGCAGUGCUUGUGCUCUGCGGAGAGCAUGGUGGAGUACGGCACCUGCAUGUGCCUCGUCAAAGGGAUCUUCUACCACUGUUCUAACGACGAUGAAGGGGACUCUUACGCGGAUAAUCCCUGCUCUUGUUCCCAGUCACACUGCUGUUCUAGGUACCUGUGCAUGGGAGCCAUGUCCUUGUUUCUGCCUUGCUUGCUCUGCUACCCUCCCGCAAAAGGAUGCCUAAAGCUCUGCCGAGGCUGUUACGACCGCGUCAAUCGUCCGGGUUGCCGAUGCAAGAACUCCAACACGGUCUAUUGUAAACUGGAGAGCUGCCCCUCCCGGGGUCAGGGCAAGCCCUCAUGAUUUUUGGGGGGAGGUUUACUUCCUCCAACUUCAGUUUUUCAGGUUGUAGCUGAUUUUUUUUUUUUUUUUCCUCCUUUUCUUUUCUUUUCCCUCCCCCAUUUUGAGGGGGGCUGUUCUUCUGCUUUCCUUUCUGUGUCUCCCCAACUUCAAAUACACAAGUUCUUCCCUUAGCAUCUUUACUCUCCCCUUCCUGUUGACUCGGCUGAGUGUGAAGCGUUUUACGUAGUCGUUGCUGCUCUUUGGUAAGUGUGGACCUGGUAUCUGCACCUGCUGCUCACGUUGGCAGGGUCUUUUUUUGAGUUUGUAACUGAACCACUCCUGAAAGAGACAGUGAGGGUUCACUGGGCUCUUGAAGCUUCUUGCUCUGUGAAUAUCUUCCCAAAGAUGUUUUUCGUUCUCAGCAAUUUAUUUUAUUUUUUUUUUUCCUUAACCUCCCCUGGGUACCAAGGAAGAAUAACUUUCUUGAGUGAGUUGGAUUGUGAAAAAACUUUUUGUAUGUGUUUUUUGUGGAGAGGGAUGUAUAAUAAAGGCUUUACCAAAUGAAAGGCCUGACUCUUCUAUAAGCAGCCUGCUUUUUUUUUUUUUUUUUUGCCUUCCCCCCCCCCCCCCCCCCUUUUUGUCUUAACUUUUGGAACAUUCUCAAUCCUGAGAAUUACCCUGCCUCCUUUUUUUACAUUUUCAAUGUAACUUCAGUUUUUGCUACACUAUGUAGAUCUUCACAUUGGAGACAUUAUGGCUGCAACAUACUCAUUUGUUUCUUUUGCUGUCAAAUCUUUGAAGGAUAUUGCUAACUCCACCCUCCUCCUCCUGUUUUUAUAGUCUAUCAGUAUCAGUUGAUAUUAAAGUUGGUGGUGUUCAUAUAUCCAAACAGCCUUCAGGUGUCACUGAGUCACCUAGACGUUCUUGAAUCCUUACAAGUUUCUUGUGAUCCUUUGGUUUAGUGAAUUUAGCUCUGCUCUGUACUUUAUAAUUUUAUUCUGUCCCUGUUUUAUUGCCUUAGCCACAAAUUGUGGUCCUUUUUUGUAUAUUUUAUGUAUAAAACACAAAGUUGAAUGCCAACUAUUUUUAAGACAAAAGUCUGUUAAAACUUUUUUUAUUGUAAAGAAUAUUUAUUAUGUGAAUCUCUAUUAUUUUAUGAUAUUUAUUGCAAAAGACUUUGAAAAUGUACUCAUGUCUGAAUAUAACAAAAUAUCAAUACUUAACGAAAUAAGGAUGACACGAAGAAAGUACAUAUGUUAACUAUAAUGCAGAAAAUAUAUUAAUUAAUGAAAA